AUGGUUGGGGUUGGCGGAAGAUCAAAGGCCUGCGACAACUGUCGCCGCCGGCGCGUCAAAUGCGACCUCACGACUCCCGAAUGCAACAGAUGCUUCAAAGCCAAGCUGAAAUGCGGAGGGAUCCGCGGAUUCAGCUUCAUUCAAUACAGUGGUAGCAACUGCCAGGAUCCUGCGCCUGUCAAAACCUCGUUGCCAUCGCCACCAUCUUCAGGACGGUCCGCUAUCGCAUCACCGGAGCAGCCUGCGCUCAUGACCACGGCGAUCAGCGCCGCUUACGUGAUCCCACUCCGUUUCUUGGAACCUUCUUUGAUGCCGACAGCUAUGGACGAUAUCUUCGUUACGUAUACACAUAAACAUUUGCUUCGGGAAAGUGAGGAUAUCGUGGUCAAACCAGGUACCGACAGGACCAUCACCGGCAAAUGCUUCGUCGCCUUGGCCACCACAAUGUUUGGCCUCGAUAAUAGGCAAAAGCCAGUUGUGCAGCGAGGAUUGCGGAAAUACGGCACUGCCUUGAAGGCUCUCAACAAUGCUCUUGGUGACCCUAAGGGGUCUCGAUCUUUUGACGUGUUAGAAGCGGUCAUCGUCAUGGCCCUGUUCGAGCUCCUAGUGGGCGAUCGAGAAGACGGAUGGAUCGGCCAUGCACGCGGCUUUGAGCAGCUGCUAAAGGUCAGAGGACCCGAGUCCAUGCAGGAACUACCUUGUGUCAUUAUUCUGGAGCGGGCGCGGUCUUCCAUCAUUUUCGCUGCUCUGGUUACUCAUACUGGGACCAUUCUAUCUCGACCUGAAUGGAAGAGCACACCCUGGCUACAGCAUCCCGAACGCAAGGACCCGUUGCAGCUGCUUAUCGACAUUGUUGCCGACUGUCCCGAAAUCUUUGUUAAGCGAGACGAAAUGCUUGUUGGCCAAAUGGGUGCUCCGGACCUUGCGUCAUUGAUCUCCCUUCGAUCACAAGCAAGAUCGGUCCUGCAAGAUUUGGAGGCGUGGGAGAAAUGCUGGGCCUCCACCGCCCUGUCACGCUGGAGUGAGAUGGCUUCACCGAAGACAACGCCCACACAUGCAGACCAACAGGGAGCAAGAAAGCCUAUCUGGGCUACGGUCCUGCAGUAUCAUUCCCUUUACGAUGCUAGCAUCUCGACUACGUUCAACGGCGCUCUCAUCCUGGUAAUGAUGUUCAUACAAGGGCUCAACCUGCUCCUGCAAGAUCUGGAACAAUCUGGACUACUCAUCAAGCGAAUUUAUUCAUCGGCCAUCACCAUCUGUCGCAGCGUCGACUUUCACCUUGGACGACUGCGGGACGUUUCCAGCUCAUCCAUCCUGUUUCCAAUGAGAAUGGCGUAUGAGGUUGUGGGGAAGACGGAUAAAGAUAUCGGCGCAUGGCUCGCUUACCAACUGAAAAUCAUUUCUUCCGGACCGUCUGGGAGGUGGGCCAUGGCUGAUCAUCUCCUCGACAUGAAGGCAGCGUCAACACUAAGUUCCGGGGAUGUCAUUGAAACAGCUUGA